GGGGCUGAGGCUGCCAUUAUGGGGCUGGAGCUGUUCCUAUGGGGCUGUCUCUGUCCCUAUGGGUCUGUCGCUGUCCCUAUGGGGCAGGACCUGUCGCUAUGGGGCUGCUGCCCCCCAUUUCCCCCCCCAGGACUUCGGUUACAUCCAAACCACCUCCACCGAGGUGCUGCGCAGCGCGACCCACAGCGAACCCGAGAGCACCAAAACCUUCAGCCUGCUGGACCUGCGCUCCGUGGGGCUGUUCGGUGCUGAGACGCAGCAGAGCAGAGUGGCGCCCGGAUCCAUCACCAACCGCCCGGUGCUGCCCCCUCGUGGCGAGCAGGGCGGCCGCAGGGAGAUCUUUGUGGACGUGGUGGAGCGUCUGACCGUCGUCAUCGCUGCCAACGGGACGCCCCUGAAGGUGGACGUGCAGGGGGAGAUCCGGCUGAAGAGCUUCGUGCCGGGGGGCUGCGGUGAGGGGGGCAAUGGGGGGCAAUGGGGGCUGAUGCAGGCCGUGCUGGCACGGAAACCCAAAAUGUGCAGCUUCCUCGAGUGGGGGGAGCUCAAGGUGGUCUAUAAGAGGUACGCCAGCCUUUACUUCUGCUGCGCCAUCGAGGGGGCGGACAACGAGCUGCUGACCCUGGAGCUCAUCCACCGCUACGUGGAGCUGCUGGACAAAUACUUCGGGAGUGUGUGUGAGCUGGACAUCAUCUUUAACUUCGAGAAGGCCUAUUUCAUCCUGGACGAGUUCGUGAUGGGGGGGGAGAUCCAGGACACCUCCAAGAAGAGCGUCCUGAAGGCCAUCGAGCAGGCAGACCUGCUGCAGGAGGUGGGGACCCCCACACAGACCCCCAUCCAGACCCCCAAUACCCCUCCAUAGGUGGAACAGUGGCCC